UUGUUGCUAGGCAGGGCCGGACGCGGCUGCCGCGGUUUCCUGCCCGCUCUGAGGCGGACGGUGGCGGUGGGACGCGGCGCCCGCCCGUCCCCUCCCCCAAUGGAGGGUGACAAGAGAAGAACCAAAGAAGAUACCUGGAAAUCAGAAGAGCUGAGGAAACAUCUUAGGGCAUUACAGUCAGAUAGUCAAAAUGAAGACCAAAAGCACAGAGAAAAGAAACUGCAAAAAGAGAAACCUGUUUAUGACAUAGACACUCAUAAACAUGAACACAAAGACAGAGGGAAGAGCAAGGAAAGAACAAGAGAGAGAGAGAGAUUAAAAUCUGGUGAAAGAGACAGGGAUAAAAUGAAAGAGAGAGAGAAGUGGAAAGAGCGCCAGGGGGAAGGAGACCAAGUGAGAUACAAAGAUAAACUUCAAGAGUCAAGUCUGGAGAAAGAAAGAUACAGUUUUCCAAAAGAUAAAGAUAGGGAGAGCAAUAGGGAGCAAGAAAAAAAGCAUAGAAGACAUGAGGUAAAGCAAAUAGAUACACAAAGUAAUCCGAAGUCAUUUGAAGGAAGAGAUAAAGAACAUCACAGAAGAAGAGAAAGCAGGCAUCAUUUGGAGAAAGAGAAAACUAGUGAAGAGCAAGAAAGAAGACAUACAGAAAAGAAGCAUAAUGAUGCCAAAAAGAGCGUUGACAAAUUUUUAGCCUACAAAUCUGAAGAAAGUGAACGUGUACACAAGUUACAGAAAGAUCAAGAGUUGGAUAAGGAGCGAGAAAGAAGACACAGAGAAAAAAGAGAACAUUCUGUUAGGCCAGGAAAAGAGAGGCUUUCAAAAGAGAUAAGUCAUAAACAUUAUGGAAAAGAAGAGAAAGAAAAACAUAAAUCAAAGAGAUCUAAAGAUGGAUCUUCCCAUGGAGAUAGAGAAAGGCAACCAGCAGAAGCUAGUGAGAAAGUAAAAAGUAGAGAAAAUGAAAGAAAGAAGCACAGUCUUGGGAACAGCAAAUACAAAAAAGAGGAGAGGAUUCAAGAAGAAAAGAGCCAUCAGCAUGUAAGGUCUGUGGAGGAUAAAAGAAAACUCAUUGAUAAAGAGGGAAGUGACACAGGACAAGAGGCAAUUAAAGAUACACACAUCUAUAAUUCAGACAUGGGAUUUGAUAAUUUUUCAGCAGAUUAUGAGGAUGAUUUUGAAGAUUAUGAAGAGGAUUUUGAUGAUGAUGACUACCAAAGUGAAGAAAGAGGUGAAGAAGAAAACCAAAGAGAGAUUCAGUUUUCUAGAACAUCAGAAAUUGAAGAAAUUCAAAGAGCAAUUAAUGCAGAAAAUGAUAGAAUUUAUACUUCACUGGCAAAGGAAAUUGAAAAUGAAAAGAAGGAACCAGUCGUGGAAAGGGAGUACCCUUCUGUCAGAAACUCUUUUUGUGGAUUAUUCAUGGAUUUUCAAAUGGCAAACCAACGACAAAGUAGCCGAAGUAUGGCUAAUAAGCAGAAAAAACGGAGUUCCGAACUUCUCCCACUAAUUGAUCUGGACUUCUCAAUGAGUUAUUCUUUACUGGAUUUGCCUCCUGUAAAUGAGUAUGACAUGUAUAUCAGGAGUUUUGGUAAAAUGAACACUAAGCAGGCAUAUGUUCAGUGUAAUGAGGACAAUCUUGAGAGAGACAUCCAGACUGAGGAAGUUGAGACAUCGGAGAAAUGGACACAACAUCCAGGAGAAAGUGCCCUUGUAUCUGGAGGUCCCAUAAACAGCCAGGAUACAUCAGUGAAUGGAGCUCUGACACCGAAAAUUGAUUCACAAAGAUUAUCAAAUUUCCUCCGGUCUGCUUGCCAGGUGAUUGCUGUUUUGCUAGAGGAAGAUCAAGUUGAAACACAACCCAGGUGGAAGCUAAGAUCUCGACAAACCAGUCUGUCUAUUAGUGAUAGCUGUUUCCAGUUAAAUACUAACCAGCCAUUCCUCCAUGGCCGAAAUAUAUCCUGUCUGUAUGUGUCUCAAGUUCAGAGGCAGACACUACUUUCUGUUCAUGGUUUACCCAAAAAGCCAGGUGUUGGUUUACUGAAUAGAAAGAGCAUUAUAUGUGUUUGGAACAUCUGGCAGCCCUCCAGUCCUCAGAAAGUUUUAAUAUAUGACUCAGAGGUGAUAUGUUGCUGCUUUAGUCCCAAUAAAACAACAUUAGUUUUUGCUGGAACAGUAGAUGGUUCACUAUUGGUAUGGGAUCUCCAUGAAGACUCAAGAAUGCAUCCUCAUAUCAUGAUCAAUGAAACUAACUGGACAUUUAGAGUUCCAACGUUUUCCACUGAUGGCAUUCUAAACUCAGUAAACCACACCUCUCCUAUAAUAGCAGUGGAAGCUGUCUCAACCUCCUUCUGCGCUGAUCAGAAUUAUGGACUCUCAAGCCUCUCUUACCAGGAUGAAAUGUCAGAGCCUCCAUUUCAGAUAGCUUCAAUGGAUGAAAAUGGAAUCCUCAAUAUAUGGGUAGUUGUUGAGUUACAAAAAGUGGAUUUAGCUGGUUCACAAACUGAUUUAGGUUUAGUUCCUGGAGGAAAAGUGAAGUUAGUACAUAGCUCGACUAUGGACUUGAAUAACAGCCUUUUCCCAAAGGAUGUGCGCCAGAGAAUGCCUCAGGCACUGACCAUUAAAUUUCUGUCUUCUAAUCCUAAUAAUUUCAUUGUUGGAACAAACAUUGGACUGGUAGGCCAUGGUACAAGACAUGAUUUAAAAGUUUUUCCAAAGCUAUUCAAACCCAAGGAGAGCGGACUGAGAUCAGUAAGCAUCAAUGCAAUUGAUUUCUUCCCUUUUGGAAAGCCACUAUUCUUGGUUGGCUGUUCAGAUGGAAGUAUCCGAUUGCACCAAAUUGCAUCAGAGUAUCCCCUCAUGCAGUGGAAUGACAGCACAAAUGGGCAGCCAAUAAUUACCCUGCAGUGGGCUUUAACAAGACCUGCUGUGUUUUUUGUUCUGGACGCAUCAUCUAAUAUUUACAUUUGGGAUCUUCUGGAAAACGAUUUGUUGCCUGUGGCAAAACAGGCUAUUCCAGAGAAUGUUGUAACUAUGGCUCUGCUGGGAGAACCAGAAAAAACAAAUGGAUUGUUAGGCAUUGUGCUGGCCCAGGAGUCUGGAGAGAUAGACAUUCAGUAUGUAAAGAAGAAGUGGGCAUUACCUCAGCCUGAGGAAUCUGAAAAACUACAUCUCAUUUUACUGCAGUCUUUCUAGAAACAGGGCACCUGUAUCUGGUUGUGCAAAUCAGUGCAAUAUAUUCAGAUUAUUUUUAACCUCAAUUAAAAGAUUUGUAAUGUAAUUUUGUAUUUGUAUAUGACUUGUUUAUAUUUUAAAGGGUAUUAAUACAAUAUUUCAGCUAAACUGGUAUAUUUUAUCAAAUGACAGCCAAAUUUAGGAUUAUUGUAAUGUACUGUAUUUCAUUACUGAAAGUAUUCUAGAUGUAUAUAUUUUCUUAAAAAAUACUGAAAAUAUAUUCCUAUAAAUUGCA